UCCCCAUAAACUCUGGUUUCCAUUAAUCUAGAGCUGGAAAGUAGAAAGGCAGUGGAGUGUAGCUAUGAUCUCAUUGCACAUGGUGGUGGGUCACUACAGUGUGUGUGUGUGUGUGUGCGUGCGUGUGCAUACAUGUAGGUGUACAUACAAAUUUCAUGAAAGUUAGAUUAAUAUGCCUGGCUUUUAAUGAUAUUGCAAAAGCUAUAGGGACUGUGACUGACAGAGGGAGAGCUUUUAGCAUGUGUUUGUGUGUGCGUGCGUGUGUGUGUGUGUGUGCUUAAAGAUAUAAAGAUGUAUUGUGACAGCUUGAGAUAUGUGGGUAUAAAGAUGUUUGACUGACGGCAAGUUGUGUGUGCGUGUGUGCGUACAGACGUGUGUGCUGCGUAUGCAUGUGUGUGUGUGUGUGUGUGUGUGUGAGAAAAAGAGAAAGGGAUGGAGGUAGUAGGACAGUUUUGACAUCUGGUGAGUAUUAUGUGAUUUUGAAAAACGCAGAUUGAAGAGUGUUUUUCCCCUCCAGUCAUUAUUAUUGUGAUUGCGGCUCCUCCGCCCAUUUCAUUUGGGUGAGCGGCAGCGUGUGUUUAACAUUCCUCAGCACUGCAGCCCCAAUCCCAUCCCGAGCUGCUCCCGAGCUGCGGAUUGAGCCGGGAGCCGCGCUGAGCAGGGAUUACCACCCGCCGCUACGUGACACACGCUCGCUCGCUAGCUCUUCCCUCUCUCCCUCCCUCUCUCUCUCCUUCCCUCUCCAUCUCUCUCACUGACACACACCAUCGCAAACACAAACACCCUCUCCUCCGCUCAACCCGUAACCGCCUCCGAUCCCUCGGGCUCCCUCUCUCUCGUGGCCUGCGUCUCUGAUGGAGGCUGACCGCUAACAUGAGCAUGGCGGGAGUGCAGCGCGGAUUCCUCAGGAAGUAUGGUGGCUUUAUGUUCAAACAGUGGAAGGAGAAGUACCUCAUUCUGACCACAGAAGGCAGUCUUAUGGUCUGUCGCGAUGCAGAGUCACCAGCCGACCAGGUUGUGGCGCUGCAGGGAGGCUGUGAGGCCAUUGUGGAGGGCAGGGAGAUCCUGGAUCUGCCCCGAUUGCCCCCCGGAGGCCGUAGGGACUGCUGCCUGGCGCUGAUCCUGCCCCAGGACAAGUUUCUGCUGUUGAUGGCCGACAGCCCCGGUGACUGCAGCCAGUGGCUCAACAUGCUGAGGAAAGUCAAAGAGAGUGUGUCGUCACCCCUGACAAACCCACCCUGCAAACGGCACCAGUCCCUGACUCCCUGCAUCACGGACAGAGACCCCCUCCCCGAUGCCAUCAAGGAGAAAGGCCCAGGCAGCAGGCGGCUGAGCGAACAGGCCCCGCCCUCCUCCCCUGGGAUUGGUGACAUCUCAGAGGGCAGAAUGAGAGGGAACAGGUCGCCCCGCCAGCCGAAGAGCCCGGGGAUCCCGUCCCGCCAGCGCUCCGUCGGCUGCCUGCGCCACGGCAACAGCAGCGACGCCCGGGCGGUGAGGGCGGUGUACCUGCUGAUGGGCGGGGCGGCCGCCUCCUCGGCGCUGGGCUACCUGGGCUCCUGCUCCUCCCCCUCCCCCCACGACGCCCGCCCCCCCGAGCACCUGAGCACCGCGGCGGACUUCCCCGACAUGGGGGGCGGCAGCGCCUACCACGCCUGCAGCCAGGCCGUCGACUCCCCCCACUUCCACAGCUUCGACUUCGAGGCGGACUCCGACUUCGACGCUUUCGACUGCGGGGGGUUCGCGUUCUAG